AUGACCACCACAGGAGGCGGGGGCGGCCACAUCACGGGAGGCGGCCACACCACGGGAGGCAGGAAGCGGGGGCUGCCACACCACGGGAGGUGGGAAGUGGGGGCAGCCACACCACGGGAGGCGGCCACCACGAAAGGCGGGGGCGGCCACAACUUGGGAGGCGUGGGCAGCCAUACCACGGAAGGCGGGUCGGCCACACCAGGGGAGGCGGGGGUGGCCACACCACGGAAGGCGUGGGCGGCCACACCACUGGCGGCGGGGGAGGCCACACCACGGGAGGCGGACACACCACGGGAGGCAGCCACCACGGAAGGCGGGGCGGCCACAACUCGGGAGGCGUGGGCGGCCACACCACGGAAGGUGGGGGCGGCCACAACACGGGAGGUGGAGGCGGCCACAGCACGGGAGGCGUGGGCGGCCACACCACGGAAGGCGGGGGAGGCCACACCACGGGAGGUGGGGGUGGCCACACCACAGGAGGCGGGGCGGCCACACCACGGAAGUAGUGCAGGCAGUGCUGGGGCUAGUAGUGCAGGCAGUGCUGGGACUAGUAGUGCAGGGAGUGCUGGGGCUAGUAGUGCAGGGAGUGCUGGGGCUAGUAGUGCAGGGAGUGCUGGGACUAGUAGUGCAGGGAGUGCUGGGACUAGUAGUGCAGGGAGUGCUGGGACUAGUAGUGCAGGGAGUGCUGGGGCUAGUAGUGCAGGCAGUGCUGGGGCCAGUAGUGCAGGGAGUGCUGGGGCUAGUAGUGCAGGGAGUGCUGGGGCUAGUAGUGCAGGCAGUGCUGGGGCUAGUAGUGCAGGGAGUGCUGGGCCUAGUAGUGCAGGGAGUGCUGGGGCUAGUAGUGCAGGCAGUGCUGGGGCCAGUAGUGCAGGGAGUGCUGGGACUAGUAGUGCAGGGAGUGCUGGGGCUAGUAGUGCAGGGAGUGCUGGGGCUAGUAGUGCAGGGAGUGCUGGGCCUAGUAGUGCAGGGAGUGCUGGGACUAGUAGUGCAGGGAGUGCUGGGACUAGUAGUGCAGGGAGUGCUGGGACUAGUAGUACAUGGAGUGCUGGGACUAGUAGUGCAGGGAGUGCUGGGGAUAGUAGUACAUGGAGUGCUGGGACUAGUAGUGCAGGGAGUGCUGGGGCUAGUAGUGCAGGGAGUGCUGGGCCUAGUAGUGCAGGGAGUGCUGGGGCUAGUAGUUGCGGGACUAGUAGUGCAGGGAGUGCUGGGACUAGUAGUGCAGGGAGUGCUGGGACUAGCAGUGCUGGGCCUAGUAGUGCAGGGAGUGCUGGGGCUAGUAGUGCAGGGAGUGCUGGGACUAGUAGUGCAGGGAGUGCUGGGACUAGUAGUGCAGGGAGUGCUGGGACUAGUAGUCCAGGGAGUGCUGGGACUAGUAGUGCAGGGAGUGCUGGGACUAGUAGUGCAGGGAGUGCUGGAACUAGUAGUGCAGGCAGUGCUGGGGCUUUGACUGGAAGUCGCCGGUUGGUGGCGUCGGUCGGCGGCGUCGCUCGGUGA